GGGAUCGUGUGUGAACAGACCUGACAUAAACAAUGGAUUUUACAAUGGCGCCUUCGCAGUCAUGUUUCCAUAUUUUAAUAGUUUUGGUACUUACGUAUAAUGGAAAUGCCUAUACUCAGUCAGCACCAAGCGUAGGAAAAGUGUGUAACGAUGGCUGUCAUGUCUGCUUUAUGAAUGAAUACCACGAAAUUAUUAAGUUACCCAUUCAAAAGACCGGAAUAUGCGACACCACAGGAAAAAAACUCCUCAACGGCGACUUUGUUUGUAUGUAUGGUUACAAUUUCAGACCCAAGACCUAUUUGGUAAACGAAAACAUAACAACAACAGAUGGAUGUAACUCUUGUCUUUGCACACCACGUGGUGCUCUUUGUACAAAGGUUGCAUGCAAUAAUGCUGGUUUUGCUAAACCAAGUGAUGUCCCACUCUACGGAGACUGUAAUGACAAUGGAAGAUGGUACAAGUUUAAAGCAUUGUGGGAGGCUGAUGACGGAUGUAACACUUGCACAUGUGUUGGUAUAGGCAAUUACCAAGGGCCUUUUAUUUGUACACAAGGACUGUGUACCAACAAAGAAUCUGCAGUUGUUGGUUAAAAAUUGAAUUAUAAAAAAAAAAUCCAAAAAACCAACCGAAAACGUA